CCCAUUGCCUCUGAAACCCGUCUUUAAAAUUCUGUGUUCUAUCACAGUGUUUGGUUUUCUAGAUCCAGAUGGAGGAAAUCAAGGACAAUCCUUCUCAAGUUAACAGGAAGGGAUGAAUGACCCAUCUUUUAUUGUAUAUUUGAUUAUACUGUUGCUGUCAUGCAAUAUGGUAGAGUAAUGAAAACCUUGAUGCUUAAAUUCCAGGUGAAUGGAAUUGACGAUCUUAACAUUGUGGAAUGGAAAAAGAAAAGAAAAUUACAGAGUGAUCAGUUGGAUUUGCUUAGACCAAAACAUAAAUGCUGGGUUGGAAGUUACUCCCCUGGACAUGCUUCAAUGUUUGAUGAAAAUCCAGUUUUAGAGGGCAUUCAAAAUCACACAGGUGAAAGGUCCGAACCUGAAUCUGCCAAAGACAGCAAUAGUUUUAUGGAAGACUGUGAUACUGCUGUGUCUGUAAAUAAAGAAGCCAAGCAUGAGACAGAUUGCGAAAAUUCAUACUUAUAUGUAAAUAGGGUGAGCUAUAUCGAAGAGGAAGCAUUUGUUGACAGUGAAUGCAUUCCACACUACGGUGAUACUGAUGCAAAAGAUUUGAACAAUGAUGAGGAUCAUCUUCUGGGGAUAGAAGGCUUUUCAGGUGGUGAAUGCGCAGAAUAUGCCAAAGAAAGCAAUGAGUACCCAGUAGAUAAGGAAUUCGAAGAUUUUCUCUUUUCCAGUGGGGUGGAUCCUAAUGUGUAUGUCCUUUCAUCUGGAAGAUGGAAUGUAAAUCAAGAAGCUCAAUCGAACUCAAGACCACCAACAAUUGAUCAAGAGUUUGAGGAGUACUUUUCUAUGCUUAUGCUCUAGGACAGUUUUCCUAUGAAGUUAGUAUGUAUAACUGUAUAUAUAAUGAUGUAAACAGCUGUUGUAUGUACUAAUUGUACGAGGUUUUAGUAGUUUAAAUAACAUCUGCAGUAGGUGUAAUACGAUAUUUCUUCUUAUGUCCUUCCUCCUUUUUAUCA